AUGUCCAGCGGCGUCGACGCGAAGCUCCUGAAGAGCACCAAGUUCCCGCCCGAGUACUCCAAGAAGGUGGACAUGCAGAAGGUCAAUGUCGAAGUGAUGAAGCAGUGGAUCGCGAAGCAGGUAGUCAAGAUACUGGCCAACGAGGACGAUGUCGUUAUCGACUUCAUCUACGGCAUGUUGGAGGAGGGGAGAUACGUGAACAAGCCCGAUCCUAGGAAGAUACAGCUGAACCUUACGGGGUUCCUCGAGAAGGAGACUCCCGGCUUCUGCAAGACCAUGUGGACGCUGCUGCUGAGCGCCCAGGCCAGUCCGCAGGGCGUGCCGACGGAGCUGCUGGAGCAGAAGAAGGAGGAGUUGAGGCUGUUGAAGGUUCGUGUGCGGUGCGGUGCGGUCGGUGGUGCGGGUGGGAUGGGAUGGGAUUGA